AUGUUUUACAUUUUACUUUUAAUAAUCUCUUGUGUGCCGUACGUAUCUUUUGCUCAGGAUGAAAAUUCCGCUAGCGCUAGCGACUUUGGGGCGGGAUUAAUAUCUUCUUUGAGAAAUGACGCUAACCUAGAUCUCCCAGUGGACGAGGAGUACGAGGAUCUUAGGGCGCAGCUUUUCGCUUAUCACAGUGCUCUCGCAUCGCUAACACCAUCUCGACGGUCCAUGUUAUCUACGCAAUGCUGGCGACGUGGUGGAAUUUGUGUCAGCUAUAAACUAUGCCCUGGAUACAGACAACUUACUGAAAUCCCCGGCUGUAAGAACAGACAUAACGUGUGUUGUUUCGUAUGGAAUCAGUAUGAAAUCCGCGAACUGAAAGAUCUUGGGAUUGACAACCUAGCAUUUCCUUGGAAAAUUAAAACCGAAUAUGGCGGCCAAGGAGUCCAAGAAAUUACGCAUAAACAUCGUAAGGCAAAAGCGAGGAAAGACACUGAAAGUCAAUAAAAGAGCAAAGAGAAAGACUUAGUAAAAGAAAUAAAUAUUAUAGAGAUACUUCCUUAGAA